UGCCUUCUGCUUCUUCCUCUUGUGGUCAAUGUAGCAAAUAUAUAUAUAAAUAAUCAGCUAAAUCACAAUGCGUAGAUAGCCAUUUAGUUCUUUUGUGUUUUAUCGUUGUCUUCUGAUGGGUCGUUUUACUAGACAUUGACCGGUUAAGGGCCGUUGAGGUUUUGAUUUUCAUUUUGAAAUGCGUGGUGUUGGACAAAGUCAAGUGGACAGACGAGGUUGACAUUGGUCAUCAUUUUUAUUCGUCUUUUGCAUCAGUGAUGUAAUGCUGUAUUAAUGACGUAAACAGGAUCAUGGUGGGUGCAUUAUUAAUUCAUGGCGCACGUUCUAAAGACUCGAUGCGGAUGGAAUGUUUCUUCGUAUUGGUUUUGACUGUAAUUGUGUGUGAGGCGAGACCCUAAGUCGUGGUCUCUCAGUGAGCAAACACAAAAGGCAGAAGCAUGCCUCCAUUCUCAUGAGAAACACACAUAAGGCUUGCAGCAGGGGCCCGAGUCAUUGUUGCCUUAAUUACGACUCUGCCAUAUGCCAUUGUCCAGGAGAAAUAACGACGCAGUUUGAAAACGAACUGGGUAAUUAUUCUCGACGCAAAGUUUUUGUUUAGGUUUCGCUUACAUUUUUUGGUGAUUGAGUGAGUGGAUCGCAUCAGUACUUCAUUUUUGAUAUGAAACCUUGGAGCCAACGGACUCUUUGUAGGGAUAUAAUGACCACACAGAAUGCAAUGUGUUCAGUAUGUACUGCCAACUUGAAACUGGACAACCUCCACAAUCAUUACCGCAAUUAUCAUCACUGUGACAAUUCGUCCCGAUCAUCGGUCAUAAACUGGUUCAGGGCUGAAAAGAAUGAAUAGUCUGUGUGCUGUGGUCUCCAAAGAGCACCUACAGUGUGCUGCUGGAUCCCCACACAUCCAUAACCUUCAGUCCAAUCCGGUGACAGCCUAAUACUCAUCCUUGCCGCACCAAAUCUCAUCCUAGUCUGUCUUUUUGGUGCUGAGUCUGUGGGGACCAUCAAAUGAAGAUCAAACGUACGGUUGGGAGCAGACUUUGUCUCUGUCCCCAUCUAUCUUCCUGAUACGGCCCUCGUGAUCUCUUUGCCAUGACGUCCUGUGCUGACUGGUUGGCUGUCCUUCCCAUCACCGACACUCUGGCCCUAUCGGAUCCCUCUGCACUUGAUCACACCCAGCCCUUCUCAACCGACCCCAUAAUGGAACCUGCCAAAGUCCAGUCCGAAGGCGGGCUGAAUGUCACUCUGACUAUCCGGCUUCUGAUGCAUGGCAAGGAGGUUGGUAGCAUCAUCGGAAAGAAAGGAGAAACUGUCAAAAAAAUGCGUGAAGAGAGUGGUGCACGCAUCAACAUUUCGGAGGGGAACUGCCCUGAGAGGAUAGUCACCAUCACCGGCCCCACAGAUGCCAUUUUUAAGGCCUUUGCCAUGAUCGCCUACAAAUUUGAAGAGGACAUCAUCAACUCCAUGAGCAACAGCCCAGCCACCAGCAAACCACCAGUUACCCUACGCCUGGUGGUCCCGGCCAGCCAGUGUGGCUCCCUCAUCGGGAAAGGGGGCUCCAAGAUUAAGGAGAUGAGAGAGUCCACAGGUGCCCAGGUGCAGGUGGCAGGGGACAUGCUGCCCAACUCCACAGAGAGAGCAGUCACCAUCUCCGGCACGCCAGAAGCCAUCAUCCAGUGUGUGAAGCAGAUCUGUGUGGUGAUGCUGGAGUCCCCUCCCAAAGGUGCCACCAUCCCCUACCGGCCCAAGCCCGCCGCCGCUCCCGUCAUCUUCACCGGGGGGCAGAUGAGGGCGGCCGACCCCCUGGGUGCUUCCUCCACGGCCAACCUCAGUCUGCUGCUCCAGCACCAGCCACUGCCUCAGGCUUACACCAUUCAGGGACAGUACGCCAUCCCGCACCCUGACCAGUUGACCAAGCUUCACCAGUUGGCUAUGCAGCAAACCCCCUUUACCUCCCUCGGACAGACCACCCCCGCUUUCCCUGGUGUGGAUGCCAGUCCACAGGCCAGUACUCAUGAGCUCACCAUUCCCAAUGAUCUAAUAGGCUGCAUAAUCGGGCGCCAGGGCACCAAAAUCAACGAGAUCCGCCAGAUGUCUGGGGCUCAGAUCAAAAUUGCUAACGCCAUGGAAGGGUCAUCCGAGCGCCAGAUCACCAUCACCGGAACCCCCGCCAACAUCAGCCUUGCCCAGUAUCUCAUCAAUGCUAGGUUCAGAGAUGUGGCGGCUAUGUGGACUGACCCCUCCUCCAUGACGACUUCCUGAAGCCCCCGACAUCCCUCUCUCUCUCUCUCUCUCUCAAAGCCCGCGACGGAUGACCCUCCCACUAUUCUAUGGCACUAUUGGAGAUACAACCACCCCCUUCCACUCCCCUCUCUUUUUUGGACCUUCUCAGCCUCCGUAACAACCUGAGCAAUCAACCCCAACUGAAGCUUUAUUCUCAGGAAGUUUAUAUGGCUGUGAGUGACAAAAAGAAAAACCUAUUGAUUCAUAAAAAUGGUUUGUUUGUUUGUUUGCUUUUGUGACAUGCUAGUCAUAACACACCUACGUAGUUUUAUUGUCAGAAUGUUGACAGAACUCCUGCUAUAACUAUUCCACGCUGUCAUGUUGGAUGUGUGUCUGUGUGAUAUUCUCAGUGGAAACACACUCAAAACAUAGAACAUGAAGUGCACUGAAUGGUUAUAACAGAUGUUGAGCAUGCACUGGAUGCAUUGUGUAGGCUUAUGUGUAAGCCAAUGUCACAGUUUUAUUUUUAUUUUUUUUGCGUGUUUACUUGUUUGUUUGUUUUUUGUCUGUAUAGUUUUAGCCCAGUGUGUGAGCAUGCUGCAUAUUUACUCAUUUGGUUUGCGAUUGAGACGGUUUCAUUUCUUCUUUCUGUCUGUUCUCGAGAGCUUAUUUAUUCAGUCGCUAUGUACAGUGCGCUCAAUGCGGUCAUCAACUGCAUUUCUGGAGACCAAUUAACUGUGCUCUGUAAAUGCAUGUUGUUUAUUGUACGUUUAGUUUUAUCUGUCAUGGAGGAAGUUCAGUAAGAGGGCUGUAAUCUUUGUCAUGCCCCCCCACCCCCUCCCCCUUGAUAGUCUCAUGAACAAUGUAAGACUAGAAUUCCAAAAUCUUUUCCUCCCUGACGGAAACAGUUUCCCCUUCUUGACUUUGAAAAUGCAAUAACUUGCUUCUUGCUGUAUAUUUAAUUUGCACAUACAUACAGAGACGCUGGCUGACUUUUGUCAUACUCAGUUGAUAGUAACAGUGCUCGACACUCUUCCUAAUGCAAAAGAACUGGGCCAGAUGGCCACAGAUACCCUCAGCCCCGAUCACAUCCAUGUACUCUUUGUUUGUAUUUCUUCACUUUACGCAGUUAUGAAUGCUACCGCUUGAGCCAUGGUCAGUGAGUUUGAUGUGCUAUCUCAUGUUUGAGAUGAAACGGCGUGGGAGGGAGUUGACUAAAUUGUCACUUUUGUUUAAAGCCUUGUGUCAAUAGCAUUGUAUGGUUUAAAAAAAUACACCACGUUCCUUGCAAAAGGCUUUUUUUUAUUAUGAGUAGUUUUUCAACUGAUAGGCAGUUGCCUGCAGAAUGUUAUUUUAUUUUUCGCCAUUCUCAAUGUUUAUUCAUGGUUUACUUCUAAAGGAAUGGUUUUCGGGAAGGAUGUUGAAGGAUGUCAACUUGACAUAUUUACCCCUCCUGACAUUUGAAGCCAUCUCAGUGUUGUUUAUGUUCAGCUCUAUAACAUGUCAAUUGGACAACUGGAUGAAUCUGAAAUUGUUUUAAAAUGUGUUUGGGGGAUCCUUUCCGUUGUCAAUUUAAAUAACUGAGAAUGAAGGGGGGGUUUUGGGUUCAAAAUAAGCAUGGAACUAGCCUUUGAAUGUAAUUUUCAAGAACGAUCAAAAGGCAUUCUUCAUUAUUUAGUGUUUGUUAUAGUGAUGCCAUAUUGCUGUGGACAAUUGAUAUUUCAGGAAAUGAACCUAAAUAAGGGAAUGAAUCAACACAGUUAGAUGAUCGGUGUGGUGAGAUGAUGUUUUACAAAUGGCUAAAAAUUGGUUGCUGUACUUAAAAUUGUGUUGUAGGUCUUAUUCUUUAGCUAUGUUAACUGGAACUUGUAUUCUAUGGAAUGUCGUUUAUAUCAAAGCUAUAGACUAGAUUUUAUUGUUUUACAUGACAUUGCAUUGACAAAUUCAUUAUUGCGGUUGUUAUUGCUAUUAUUGUUAUUAUUAUUACGAUUAUAACUGUUACAUGCAUUAAUAUUUCUUAGGACAUCCAAAACAAGUUCAUGAAGUGCAUGAUCUGAUUUGUUUCUGCAUUGUAGGUUAUAACAGGCCAUCUCAUAUGACACAGCUCGUAGAGUGACAUACAUGUAUUCAGUCCAUGCUUUACUGGACAGAGCGGUAGAUACUUGACUGAUCUGGCUGUCCUGUCUGGUGAUCCAUAUUCACAUACUUUUGCAGAUACUGUACAUCCAGUAUGUCAUAGUAUCAGUUUUAGCUGUGGACACACUUUUAUAUGUGUCCUGUCAUCUUUGACUAUGACUAUUUACAGCAGUUCAGAAAAAAAAGGAAAACAACCAGAAAAAAAAACCAAGAAUGACAUGAACUGUUGGUGUAAUCCAGAUGCAUUUACUAGUAUAUAUGUUAUUUUUGUGUUUCUCAUGUGCUAGCAGAUAUUUAAAAAUUGUGCUUCUGUAAAAUUUUUGCUGUUUGAAAAAAAAAAACUGUAACGGAGGUUUUGGUUUUUAGUUGGGUGAUUUUUCGCUGCUUGCAGAUCUACUUUAGAUGAUCAUUAUUUAACUUCUUAGGUUACUUUUGAAAUGAUUUGUGAAGAGGGUCAAUAAAGUCUUCUUUUCUGUCA